GAUCCGGACACCGAAAGAUUGCAACUUUAAUGAACAUUGAAGUCUACAAGUCUCAUAUCUUCUCUCAAAUCAACUGCGGAGUUCACUUCUUCGAUUCGUUCUAAUUCCACAGACACCGUAAUGUGGCAAUUCAAAAUCUUCCCCGCAGUCCUUGCCUUCAUCACAACAACCCAAGCCGCGAUCAAAACUUCAAUUUGGAUCGACCAAAUCCCCGGCUACUCCGCACUCGCGCCAUGUGCAGAGAAUCGCAUCAGCGCAAUCGUGCGCGCGCAAGCCUCAGGAUGCGGCGAUAACCAGCAGCUCACGAGCUUCAGCUGUUUCUGCAUUGACCAAUCUUCAUACAUGGCAAGCGUCAUAUCUACGGCGGUUCACGACUAUUGUGCUGCGAGCGCAACAGCCGUAUCAGCGAGUCUGGCAACACCACUCCCAGAGGUCACGGACGCAAUUGAUGUCUUCAACAGCUACUGUGCGCGGAGCACUGAAUUGGUCUGGUGUACGUCUCUCCCUCUUCGGUUUUUAAAGCUACCUUCUGACCGAACGUUCACAGACCAACAAACCAGCACAGCGCCAGCAAUCGUCGUAAUCACUCCAGCACCAUCCUCCACCUUCGCAACCUCGACUUUCAUGACUAUCUCAUCUUCAACGUCUCAAGCCAGCACAUCGAGUAAAUACGUGCCAGUAGCAGCCAUCGCAGCACCAGUCGUGAUCGGCGUGCUCGCCAUCGCCAGCAUCGUGGGUCUGUUGUUUUUCCUGCGCCGCAGAAAAGCUGUAACCGCAAAGGAAAACCCAUAUGCGCCGCCUAACGACACAUCACAAGGCAGACUGGUGCACAGGGAGGUGCAUGAGGUGCAGAGUCCGGCGCAGGAGGUUGUUGGUGAUACUGUGAAGUAUCAACACGAGCUGGAGACUAGGCCAGCGGAACUGGAGGGCGAAAAGCAAACUAGGAGUAAGCGUUGAUACUGCGACUGAGUAGGAGUUGGAGCGAUAAUGUGAUGGCUCUUCAGUGUUUCGAUGCUGCCUUUGUGGUAUCGGCGGCUGGCGAAAUGUGCGGACCACCCCUCC